AUCGCCUCAGACUCACGAAGCUAGCAGGAAGUAGCCGGAGACGGAACUCGGCCAUACUGCGCAGUCGCAGUGGCUCUUGAUAGAGACUAAACGAUGUGUUGCAUCGACCCACAACGUGCACGUGGACCUGUCUGAGUGGACUCUGUGUGGUUCCGCUUCAUUGAACACGUCCGGAUCGUCUCCUCGUGUCCUGCGGAGCUCAUGACGUCAGCGCGCCAGCAGGAGGGAGACGGACCCGAACGGAGCCGAGCGACACCGAGCGGGGCCGAGUGAGAGACGCGUUUUUAACGGAGUUGUCUGGAGGAAACGUUUUCUGAAGAUGUCUAAAGUCCAACAGCUGAGAUGUUUAGUCAACCAGCGACUAACUGCGGCUGCGCAAGAGAUCUUUGGUCUGUUUGAAAGAACGAUAGCAGAGUACGAGGAGGAACUUUGUAGUUCCAGAGAGGAGAACGAGCGAUACCGGAAACGACUGGACGCUGGGUUCAACCCGGAAGUCCGGUUACAAAGAGCAGACAUCCAGCAGCUGUUGGUGGUUCAACAAGAGGUUCCCCCUGGGCAGCAGGUCUGGAGCUCCAGUCUGGACCAGGAGUACCCAGAGCCCCCACACAUUAAAGAGGAACAGGAGAACCAGGAGAACCCAGAGCCCCCACAUAAGGAACAGGAGGACCCAGAGCCCUCUCACAUGAAAGAGGAACAGGAGGACCCAGAGCCCCCUCACAUUAAAGAGGACCUGUGGACCAGUCAGGAGGGAGAUCAGCUUCCAGGGCUGGAGCAGGCUGGGUUCACGUUCUCAUUCACUCCUGUAAAGAGUGAAGAUGACGAAGAGGAAGCUCAGUCCUCUCAGCUUCAUCAAAGACAAACUGGACAUAUGGAAACAGAAGCUGAGGGAGAGGAUUGUGGAGGACCAGAACCAGACAGGAACUCAGAUCCAGAUGACUGUGAUGAUUGGAAGGAGACCAGAAAACCUCAAUCAGGUCCAAACUCUUUGAAGAAACACAUGAUAAUCCACACAAGAGGGAACAUGUUCAAUUGCUCAGUUUGUGAUAAAAGCUUUAAGCGCAAGUCAACUCGGAAGUUACACAUGUUAACUCACACAGGAGAGAAACCAUUCAGCUGCUCAGUCUGUAGAGCAUCCUUUGUAAAGAAGGGAGCUUUAAAUAGUCACAUGAUAACUCAUACAGGAGAGAAACCUUUCAAUUGCUCAGUUUGUGAUAAAAGCUUUAAGCGCAAGUCAAAUCUGAAGUUACACACGAUAACUCAUACAGGAGAGAAACCUUUCAGCUGCUCAGUUUGUGAUAAAAGCUUUAAGCGCAAGUCAAAUCUGAAGUUACACAUGAUAACUCACACAGGAGAGAAACCUUUCAAUUGCUCAGUCUGUAAAACAUCUUUUAAAAGGAGUGCUCAUUUAAAUAGUCACAUGUUAACUCACACAGGAGAGAAACCUUUCAGCUGCUCAGUCUGUAGAGCAUCUUUUACACAUAAGGGAACUUUAAACAGACACAUGUUAGCUCACACAGGACAGAAAUGUUUUAGCUGCUCAGAGUGUAAUAAAUCUUUUACACGGAGGGGAGUUUUAAAUAGACACAGGUUGACUCACACAGGAGAGAAACCCUUCAGCUGCUCAGAGUGUAAAACAUCUUUUGCACAUAGGGGAACUUUAAAGGGUCACAUGCUAACUCACACAGGAGAGAAACCUUUCAGCUGCUCAGUCUGUAACAAAUCUUUUACAAGGACAGGUCAUUUAAAUAGACACAUGUUACAUAGCUGCAAACUUGUCGCCCUUUGUGUCAUCCACGUGAAUCGUGUAGAUGCAACCUGAGUUUCUGAGGUCGAGCAGACUGUAUUUCAUCAGUUAUCGGUCCAGUUCCGCAGCUUUUGUGUGAUACAAUUACAGUUACUGUACUUUACUGCUGCGGUGAGGAUCUGCCUUGUUUUGAGUGCUUUCUUCUUAUUCUGUUUCUUCAUUUCUAACUAACACACACACACACACACACACCCCUCACCCCGUUAUUGCUUGAUG